AUGAUGUUCGUAUUUCGCGUGGAUCAGGGUCGCAUGCUGACCUUUAAAAUGGAGUGCAUGAUCGAGGACAUCCGGAAGCUGAAGGAGGUGAUCGAGCGGAACCAUGCCAUACCGGCCCGGAGUAUCGUGCUUCUCGUCAGCGGUGGCCAGCUGCUGGGGGAUGAUAGCCGGGCCUGCAACUACGCGACCGGCACCGACACCAAUCCGAUCUACAUGUUUUGCAAUAACAUUGGCCAAUCGUCCCAGCCGUUACCUGCGCCGAUUAAAGAGACCGAGGUUGAUCUGGAAGGGAUGGUGAAGAAGGGCCUGGAGCUUCCGGUUGCGUACUCGACUGUCGCGGCACGUGCACAGCUGGCUCAGAAGAUCUACGAGAUGGGCCAGGAGGAGUUGCGCCGGUGCGAGACGCUCAUCCACGAGCAGCAUCUGCAGCAGCAGGGUUGGGCGGCGGUGGUUGCAAACAUGGAGGACACGAUCAAGGAGUUCCAGGACCGGAGUGAAUACUUCAACCGGUAUUACGAGGAGCAGCUACGGCUACACGAGGAGCAGUUAGAGAUUUUGCAAAACUUUGAUAAAAGUCUCCAGCAGCUUGCCGACAUUCCGAUCCUUUCGUCGCUGAUAGAGAACGCGGAAUCGCGCCCGUAUGGUAUGUUUGAUGAGGUGUUCAACCGAAGUGUUACGUCAAACAGCGAGGCCAGCAGAACGGCGAGUAACACUAGCCAGUCGCAGAUGGGGUCCGGUGAAGGAUCGGCUUCGAAAACCGCAAGUGACACUGCAGCGGGUGUGAAGCCAACUGAUGGUACGACGAUCGAAGCGGCUAGUUCGUCGGAAUGUCCCGAAACUGACGCCGUGGAAAGUGGUCCCAAUGCGAUGGUAGCAGUGGACGAGCUCAAUCUGACCGAGAAAGAACGGAAAGGAAUUUCACUGCUGGACUGGAUAUCUGCAAUGGACGGUCAGCUGACGCUGAGACGCAUGGCCGAGGAAUGUCGCAUUAAUAUCGAAAAAUUCAACCGUGAAAGGUUGACGUUGUUUAACGAAAGCAUCGAUACGGCGGUGAAAAAGUCCCAAUGCCUCGAAUUAAAGGUCGUAAAGGGGCUUGAAGAGCGACUGUGUGGGUUGGACCAGCUGUUGGCAAAGGCGAAAAAGAUCCUUCAGGAGCAAAACGAGCUUGCGAAGGGCAUCCAAAAUAACCACGCGCGCGCUAACACGAUCGGUGACACGUCGGUGCUGCCGGAUCUGUGCGAGAUGCAUCGAAAUCACCUGAAUUUGAUGAAGAAAAACCACACCGAGUUGCUCGAGUAUCGGCGCCGGUGUACGGUUGCGAAGGAUCAGCUCGGUGUAAACUUAACAAUGAGAUUAAGCUACAUCAUGAAUGUAGAAACUAAGGUGCACGACCUGGAUAGUUCUAUACAGCUUUACCACACUUCCCUUCAGCGGCUCCAGAAGCAUCUGAGCAUUAUCGAGCAAAUCCACAUGGUGCCGUGCAUGUACGUGAGCGCUGUGACAGAAGUCGUCCGGAGGCGUAUGUUUUCUCGCGCUUUUUUGAAGUGGGCUUCCGAGCUGGCGUGCCGGAUGAUGGCGAUCCAUAACGAGGAAGUGAUGAGGCGACAGGAAUUUGCAUCGCAGUUUGACGGUCAUUUCCUCAGCACGCUUUUCCCGGGCAUGAACGAUAUGCCACCGUCCUACGCCAAUCAGGCACCAUCGGUGUUCGAUUCUAGUCUACCAGCGUUGGACAAGAAGGAUCUUGAAGAGUUGUCCCGCUUCCUGCCUGAACUGACGGAGAAGAUUCCGCUGCCGAACAUAACGUCUGUGAUAGAUUUUUUUCAAACACGAUCGGUAGAGCAGCAGCAGCUACUGCAACAAAAUAGAAGUAGCAGCGCCGAAAAGGAUGAUAUCUCAGCUUCGGCACGAAGCAAGGACAACGCAACGGCCUCCAGCAGUGAAAACACGGGGCCUUCAAACGUGCCAGGAGAGCCGGAAGCUAAAGAGAACGAUAAAAUCAUCGGAGCGGAAUCAGAAACCGACACGGAGGAGUACGAGAAGAUCCAAAAUCAAAGUCCCGUCGGGGGGCGAUCGCGUCAGGAAGAACCGGAAGUGGUGCCUGUGAUGACGUGCAGUGUUGCGACCUCGACCGAACCGGUGGAAACGGUUUGCGCGGAAACGCUAACAGAGGAUAAUCUUGGUACCACACGGCUGGAAGUGGAGCGGCUGAAAGCGUUGCUCCAUAGUGUUUAUCAAUUAUCGCAGGAUUCGAUCAUAUUGCUGCGAGGUCAGCUGACAAGGGUACGCGGCGAAGUGGAAUCGAACCGGACGCAGUUCCAGUCGGAGCUAAGUGCAAUAAACCGAGCGUGGAACGACAUCCAGCAGUUGGCACAGAAUCGUGAGCGAGAAACCAUCCAGCAAUUGACGGUCGACCACGAGCUGGAGAUGAACGAUUUGCGCAAAAGCAUCCUUCUAAAGGACGACGAAAUUCAAUCGCUCCGUUCGGACAACAGCACGAUGAAAGCGAGUCAGAUCGAAACUGUGUCGAGCUACGAGCAGGAAAAGAAGGAGCUUAGUGAGCAGAUCACCCAGAUGCAGCAAGUGAUCAGUCGGUUGGAAUGUCAGCUUGCCAACGCCGAAGUGGACCGCAAAACGGCACUCAAGGAAGCGAUCGAUCAACUGGAACACAAGCACCGGACGGAGAUCGAGACGUUCCGAUCGCGGUUCAAGCUGAUGGCCUCCAGCAUGGACCGGUCACCUUCCGAUACGAGCUUGGAGAAGAUCGAGAAACCGGAUAUGAUCGAUAUCGGUACGCACGAGCAGCUGAUGGCGCAGGUACGCGAGGAACUUCAGCGGGAAAAGCAACAAGCAGUGCGUGCAGCCAUCGAAGAGGAACGACAGCGGUUGGAAACGAAUGCAAUUGGUGGGGGGGCCGUCGGUAGUGCCGGUAAUCGCUUACACCGAUCGUACGGAGCGGGUGGUUCACCCAGCGGAGGCAGUCAGGACGUGUACAAGCGUAUCCUGGAGGAAAAGGAACGUCAGAAUGAAGAGCUCCGCGAGCAAAAUAACCAGCUGUUACGGACGGUCAUCCGUAUGCAGGAGACGAUGCAAUCGCUUACCGAUCCCGAGCUGAGCCCGUUGAACGAACAGUGUUCCCGCGAACACGUGGAGGCGAUUGAAGCCAGCAAUCAGCAGAUGACAGAGCGGUUGGUUCAGCUACAAAGCCACGUGAAGCAACUCGAGCAGGAUUAUCACAAUCUGAAGCUGUCCUUCAAGGACGAUCUGCGGAAAGAGAUGGCACAGUUAAUAAGCUGUACCGACGGUGACACGGUGACGUUCAUGUGGAAUCCAACCUACGCGCAAUAUACCAUCAUUCAGGUGGCAGAAUAUAUCUACUUUGUGCAUGAGAGCAGCUACCCGACCUUAGGCAUCUUGCCGCCACUGAAAGGCGAGGUACCGCCGGUUCUGUUUGGUUUCGGAACGAUCAUAAGCAAGGAAUUCUGCCACGCACGCAAGGACGACAAUCGGUACGGCGUGUCGCGUGGUACCCAGUUCUACCGGGUACGGCUGAAGCCGGCCAACGUGAGCAAGAAGAGUAAAAGUCGAUCUUCUUCGUACCGAGGCGCCAGUGACAGUGGAGAGAGCUCCAUAAUGCAGCAGUCUACCUCGGCCAGCGUUACGAUCGAAGUGCAGCCCAGUGGCACCUCUGGACGGUUAAUAGAUUCAUUCGCACAAACGGAACAACCGACCGAAUCUGCGACCACGGUGUCGACGUCGGCGACGACUAUGCUGAUCGGUACACCGACCGGGGAUGGUAGCAAAUCCCCGACCACGGCCAGCCGUGACAUGAUUGACUCGGGUGUCGCCGAACAGCAGCGCAGCGGUUACCGAGAGCGCAACAUAAGCAUCACGGACGACGACGACGUUGUGGUCGGGAUCGGUUCCACGGGCAGUAUCGAUCGCAUCCGCUACCAAAGUGUGUGCGAGGAAGAAGACCCGGCGGGCGAUGACGACACGGACGGCGAGCUUCCGGAAACUACCGGUGGCAGCAGCGCGACGGUUCACCGUUCAUGUUACACAAGCGCCACUGACACCUCCACCAUCGUUGCCAUUCGUUGCUCCCCGGUGCCUUCGGUCGGCAGUAAUCCUCCGGAAGGUUCCAGCGGGGACAUCGACGGUGGUGAGCACGGCGAAGUGUCCACUGCCAGCAGCGCCGCUAUUGCGCUUUCCGGCACUAACAAUCCACAGCCGUCGCAAAUGCUCCUGUCGGUUGGUGGAGGAGGUGGUCCUGGAUUCAGCUCGAUCGCGGACGACAUCAGCGAUUCGGCUGACUCCGAGUACCGGUCGCUGGAGGCUAACGAUCUGGAGGAUAGCGAUAGCGGAGCAGCUCCACUGCCAGCGGCGCACGGCACAAGCAGCACCUUCAGCAUCGGCCAUUAUGCUUUACCCCACGAGGAAGGACACUAA